CACUUGGAUGAAUUCUGUGAGAACAAGUUAACAAUGUUUUGUGAUCGUCAGCUUAAGAGAUUAUCCUGUUCUCUCCUCACUUGUGAGACGAUCAAGUUUGUUCUGAAAUGGAAUCCAAGUGAGCAUUCUCUCUCCAGUAUCAGAGCCCUCCUAUGGAAAACGUUCAAGGAUAAUCAAGUGGAAGUGGUAGUGAUCAAGGAAGGGAACUCCAUCAUUGUUACUUGUUAUGCUCCUCAUUAUCUGAUGGAGAGUUUACUAGUGACAGCUAGAGAUAAUGUUGAUAUGCUAAAGGAGAUGGGAUUGAUUAGUUUAACUAUUGGUUACUAUACUGUGUAUGAUGAACAUGCAAUUGAUGAGGAGGUGAAGAGUCUAAUGAAGAAACUGGAGAUGGUAGAGAGUGAAAGAGAUGAUUUACUUGAGGAGAAUGCUAAAUUGAAGGAUACAAUAGACACAUUAGGUAUCUCAUAUGAAGGUAGAGAAGUUGAUGAAAGCAAUAAGUCAUCAAUACAAUCAUCAGAGUCUGAGAAGGAAGAGAGUAAAAAGAUGACAAAAGCAAUACAAAUGGAAAUAGAUCAUUUACGAUCAUCUCUUCAAAGCAAAACAGGUAUACAUGUAUAUACAGAUAUACUUAAUACUGUAUAA